AUGGAUCGCUACCGGUAUUUCAUCUUCAACCAGAGGAAGAUGGUCGUGCUGGGCCUGUGCCAGAUAGCCUUCAGCACGGUCUGCGUCGUCAGCGGGUUCAUAGACGGCAUUUUCAGAACGGAGUCUCAGCUGGGCAAAACCAGAGCUCCGAUUUGGGCUGGGAUGGAGAUGCUGCAGAGGAAACCAGGAGAGAUCAGCAAUUCUCCUUCCAUUUCUGACCCAACAGUUACUCUGAUCCAAGCCUUGAAAACGAGGGCUUUUCAUCUGCUCUGUAUGAUAUCUUCCGAAUCCGAGAUACUUGUCUCCCCGUUACCAACUCCUUCUGUGCUCUUGCAGGUGAUGGGAGUCCCAGGCGUCCUGGCUUUGUUUUCUUCUCAGAGGAAGAAUCCAGUUCUCGUGAACGUGCUGAUAGUUGCUUCCAUAAUCUCUUGUGUUGCCAUCCUCAUCGUAGUCAUUUAUAGCUCCCUCACGCUGAACUACGGUGAGGAGGAGGAGCUGAGUUCUGCCCCAGUCCAUGUUAUCCAUACCAAGUUCAUACUUAAUAAAGUAGUCAAGGGCGCUAACGUAGCCAUGCUAGCCGCAUCCAUCUGCAGCGCUUUUGUCGUGCUGGUGAUGGCUUACUUGGGAUGCCGGAGUCUUCCUCGCUGCUCAUGCUACGAUAGCGUAACUGGGAUGGUGAGUGAGGGGCCCAGGGCACCCAUUUAUUUGUACCGAGUGUGGGUAGGAAGGGGAGAAACUGGGGAGAAGAUGUGGUUUUCUUCUGUAAACCUACCCUCAGCUCUACCUCAGUCAUCCGGGGCUAAUUCUAAGAAAUUAAGUGGAUGUUAGAAGGGGUUUAUAUUUUUUGUAUUUUUCCUUUUGCUACCUUCCUCUUGCUUACAGACUUGUGUGAGACAUAGCAUAAACUAUCCCCAUUUUCCAAACCGUUUGUGCUCAAGCCACUGUGGUCCCAUUUCCUAUGAACUCCUGCCCUCCUCACAACCUGCCCCUUCUCUCACCCGCAAACCAAUGAUUGCUCCUGGCACAGCAUUUCGGAGACUUACUGGUACAUAAACACCAAGAUGACCAUGUGUGACGUGCAGGGGAGCUGAGACACCAUGUUUUACUGCUGAUUUAUGAGGACUCUACCUGCAGUGAUGGGGCACAGACCACCUCUCUGAUAAGAGAGCUCAGUAAAUACCAACCUCUUCUCCACUAGGGUAAUUCUGAUGCUGUAUUAAACGUGGCCAUCUGACCAUCUCGUUGGGCAAGGAAUGAACGGGUAUGGGUUACGAGGCAGCUGUUCUUGACUAAAGAUACCGAGUGUGUAAUGUGAGGCUGCUUUAAACUUUUAGUCUAAAACUUGUUAGGAGGAGUGGACUACACGGACUUUUAAAAUGAGUUCAGGUCUAUCUUCUUGAACAAAGUCACAGAUGAGGUUUUUGAUGGCAUGGUUUCAUUCGUAGGAAUGGUUGCAACCUAGCGAGGACCAAAAUCAGGCUGUGGAAAUGGUUUGCGCUGUACAAAGUGAGUAGCUCUUUCCCCCCAUGUAUUUGGAUAUUCACCAGGGAUGUGGAAGGAACAUCCUGGCCUGUCCCAGGCCAAAAUCCUGAUAACCAAAAUACUCUGACCCAAAAAGAACUCAGGUCUUUGUGCCAAGUGUCUACACCAGGUUUAAUGGUUUCCUCUUUCCUUCCCCACACAGGCCCUGGAGACAGAAUUUUUAACUUCCCGGAUCGGUUUCCAACCCAGGACUUAGAUGCAGAGGAAGAUGCAUCCAAACCUCCACCGUAUAUCAGAAUGUCUUGAAAAAGCUGUCAAACAUUUUAGAGCUACUAGUCUAAAAACAUGGCCAGACAGAUGUAAGAAGUUCUUCAUCUUUAAAGAUGGUUAUGCACUUUCCCUUGGCCUUUUAAAAAACGCCCACGGGAAGAGAGAACUAUUGAAUGCCCAGCGUUCAGCAAAUGUGACAGCGCAAAGCAGAAGAUCUGCCGAUGGUUUUGGACGUUCAGCCUUUGUAUAGCUAAAAUACCUCAUCACCUCUGGAAAGUGUGAGCACUUUGUCCUCCAGCUUUUGUACUUAAAUCAUGUUUUAUUCCACUAGAAUUCAUCAUGCAGUUUGUCUAGCAGUGCUAGCCUUAGGCAUUCAAAUAUUAAAUACAAUUCAUUUUUA